AUUGCGAGGACACGGCUGGCGUGUCAUGAUGUCAUGACGCACUGACCGGAAGUGGAGCUAACACAGUUAGCCCGGUGUCUUAAUAUUACGAUGUAUGAGUAAAAUGGGUAUAAAGAAAAUGAUGAAAUAACUGAAGAGGAGUUUCGAUACAAUUCCCAGGAGAAAAUGACGCAAAUAUUAAAGGCGGUUGUGGCGUUGCGGGUUAUACUGACUCUGUAUCUGUUGCUGUUGGACCUUCCCGUGGAAUCUACCUCUGAAUUUCAUCCUUACAAAGUUCUUGGAGUCGCCAAGAGCGCAAGUCAUGCCGAAAUUAAGAAGGCGUACAAACGGCUAGUCAGAGAAUGGCACCCAGACAAGAACAGAGAUCCAGGGGCUGAAGAUAUGUUUAUCAAGAUAUCAAAAUCCUAUGAGAUCUUGUCCAAUGAGGAGAAGCGAGCAAAUUAUGACCAGUAUGGCCAGAUGGACGAGAACCGCCAGCACGCACAGCCGCACCAAGGGUUCCGCCACUUCCACGACAACUUCUACUUCGACGAGUCCUUCUUCCACUUCCCCAGGGCCAGCCGCGACUUCGCCGACAGCAAGUACGCGCUGCACUACACGCAGUACAUGAGCGACGUCGUCCCCGACAGCUUCAAGCGGCCGUACCUGAUCAAGAUCACCUCCGACUGGUGCUUCACCUGCAUCCACAUCGAGCCCGUGUGGAAGGAGACCGUGCAGGACCUGGAGGGUCUUGGUGUCGGGAUUGGCGUGGUGGACGUCGGCUACGAGAGGCGGUUGGCCAAUCAGCUGGGGGCCCACCGUACCCCCUCCAUACUCGGGCUGAUCAACGGCAAAGUCACGUUCUUCCACUACUCCAUUGUCAAGGAGCACCUGAGGCAGUUUGUUGAGGAUUUGCUCCCUCAGAAACUCGUUGAAAAGGUCACAGAUAGAAACUACCUGGAUUUCUUAAACAGUUGGCACGAGGAGAACAAACCCCACGUGCUUCUGUUUGACCAAGUGCCUACAGUUCCUCUGCUUUACAAGCUGGCAGCAUUCGCUUUUAAAGACUACGUGCGGUUUGGCUAUGUGGACCAGGGUUUGACGGAGACUGCAGACCUCCUGCAGAAGUUCAAUGUCAACACCUACGCACCUACCAUGCUUCUCUUCAAAGAGAAUACAGACAAGCCAGUUGACGUCAUUCAGGCUAAGGGAAUGAAGAAGCAGAUCGUGGACGAGUUCAUCUCGUCCAACCGGUUCCUCGUGGUCCCGCGUCUGGUGAACCAGAAGGUUUUCGACGAGCUGUGCCCCGUGAAGCAGUUCCACCGGCGUAGGAAGUACUGCGUGCUCCUCAUCACCGGGGCGGACGAGUCCCUGGCCCCGGGGAACGCCGCGUUCCUCUCCUUCGCCGCCUUCAACACCAAGGAGGUCCUGCGGUUCGCCUACGUCUACCAGAGGCGGCAGCAGCCCCUGUGCGACGCCCUGCUCAAGAGCAAGGAGACCGCGCUGCCCCAGGUGGUGAUACUGGAGAGGCGGAACGCUGCUGGGAAGGUCCUGUACAGAGCUGUCACGGGGGGGUGGAACGGCAGCGAGGAGGACAAGUUCCGUCUCCAGGAGCAACUGGACAUCCUGCAGAAGGACCCCUCCUUCCUCACCUAUGACGCCGUGCUGCCCGAGCUCAACAACGAGUUCGCCUCUAUGUUUCUCAUUCAGUGGAUCUACUCAGCUUAUGACUACCUCUCUCAAAUUGUGGAGGACGUUCUUCACAGUAACUGGCGUGAAAUGAUGCCCCUGCUGUCUUUGAUCUUCUCCGCCCUGUUCAUCCUCUUCGGCACAGUCAUCAUCCAGGCCUUCAGCGAUCCUGGUGAGGAGAAGCAGCCGAAGCCGAAGCCCAAGGAGGCGCCGAAGACUGAGAACGGGUCAGGGAACGGCGCUGCCUCAUCGAGCCGUCCGCCCAAGAAGAGCUUUGUGGAGGUGACGGAGCUGACGGACAUCACGUACACCAGCAACCUGGUCAAGCUGCGGCCGGGACACAUCAACGUGCUGCUGGUGCUCACCGACGCCUCCAAGAACGUGCUGCUCAGCAAGUUCGCCAAGGAGGUGUACUCCUUCACCGGGAGCCAGACGCUGCACUACUCUUUCCUGAACGCGGACAAGCACAGGGAGUGGAUGGACUCGGUCCUGGAGUUCGCCCAGGACCCCACGCAGGCGGACAGCGACGAGGAGGAGGACGCCGGCGGCCACCGGGCGGACUACGCGGGGUUCGUGAUGGCCCUCAACGGCCACAAGAAGUACUUCUGCCUGUUUCGGCCCGUCUACACCGGGGACGACCUCGGGGGGCGGUCCUCCGACGAGGGCGGGGCCGGGACCGGCGGCGGCGGUGGCGGUGGCAGGUCGCGGUCGGGCUCCCGGGAGGAGCAGCCGCGGAAGCACAACCCCCGCUCCGCCUCCACCCUCCAGAUCCACCACAAACUGGACCGGCUGGGCCUGUGGAUGGAGCGGCUGAUGGAGGGGACCCUGCCGAGGCACUACAUCCCAUCCUGGCCCGGCCUGGACAAGAUCACGGCCGGAAAAUAGGGUCUCAGCUGAGGGGCCGGCACCCCGUGGGGGGUCUGGGUCUCCGGCAGGUCGAGUCCCCCCUAGUCUGGAGAUCCAGUCCCCUCGUCUGGAAACUGAGUUUCUGAUUUGAGAACGAGAGAGUCCCUCGGAUAGUGGAAUGUCUGUUGGAGGACUCUGCUUGAAUGCACUGCCUCAGAUGGUUUUUGUGUAAGGGGGGUGGGGGGGGGGGGGGGUUCAUUGGCCAAAUGCUGGCCAAGAGCCAACGCUGUUGACCACUAGCUAUUACAUUGUUUUCGUACAUUUUAUCAUUUUUUUAAAUUCAUGUUUUUGAGCACCUAGAGUGCUUUGCUGCUUUAGAGCCCAGGCUGUUGAGUUACUCCUCUUCAAUUCCCUUUAUAACAAUUGCUGCUAUGUUUACUUUUACAAUUGAGGUAGAAUUUUAACUUGACAUCCAUCCAUGUCUUUGUGAAAAAGGCUUUGCAACAUCUUACAUUUUGCUAUGAAUCUAGUUACAACCGAUAUCUUUACAACACAGUAUGCCCCCCCAAGAAGCCUUUCUGACGCUAAAUGUCCAUUUGUUUGCUUUUUUUUUUUUUUUGCUUUGCUGCUAUGCUUGUGUGGUUUGUCUUUCAUUGCUAUGUCCUUACAGAAUGGCUUGGUGCUGUUUAUUAUGAGUCCACGUGUGCUACGUUAUGUAUGCAAACGUUUUCUGGUUUAUCUUUUGCAUGUGGAAACAGUUUUGGUAGCAGCUUGGUUUGUUACUCGCAGAGCAGGAAGUGACACGCUGCCUUGAAAACCAGGCUGAUCUCAUCUUUCAUUUAGCGAACCAGCCGAUGUGAAUUUGUGGAGAUGAGCCCCUUCCCCUAAACGUUGCCGGAACAGGAAGCAUCGGAGGAGUCCUUAAGAUUACAAGUUGCGUGAUGUAAAUAGAUCUCUUUUAGCUUCUGAAAUGUGAAGAAGUUCCUACUUUAUAACCACAGUUUCAGCUGUGCUCCUUGCGCAGGAUUUACAUAUAGUCUAAUUAUGGCAAGGGGCAUACCACGGAUACGGGAACGUUAAUGUUGGGUACUGGUGAGAUACUUCUGAGGAUAUAUUUGCACUGCGCCACGACAGUUUAACGAGGCUAAAUUUCAUGCGCUCUAACAGCCAAGUGCAAACUAGGGUAAAACGGUGUGCUCUUUCUUUCCCCACAGCACCUGAGGUUAAAACAGGAACAUUAAUUCAGUUGGCGUCGCUCCGAUGGAAAUCGAUAAAGUUUGUGAGUGAAAGCAGAGGGAGGUGGCGUUGUUACCGAACCGAACACACAUUGUCUUAAGUCGGCUGCAAAGACCUGCUUGUAGCGGCCUAAAUUCAGGUGCAGCGUCCCCAGCUUCACGUCCCUCCUCCCUCCUGUCGAAUGUUGUCUCUGGUGAUUCUGUGUGAAAAUAAAAAGUGUUUGUCUGGCCACGCUAAGCGUAUGGCAGCCCUGUACAUGCCACUUGCGUGUUGUGUAUACGGUACGUCCAACUAAACCCUUUCCCUUGGUUUCCUCGUAAAAUCCCUCUCUGUGUUUUUUCCCGUACAGUAGAAUUUUUAACUAGCUCUUGUGCUGCGGUUCGAUCCGUUUAUCGUUUAAAACGCAAGGUGAGAUGAGGUAAGCAACUUGGACGGUGUCACGUGAUUUCAACAAAGGUCACGUGUCUCCACCGAUGUUUGAGGAAGAGGAGAGUUCCUAGGGCUUUCUUCAUCAGGGUCUACUCAGCUCCUCUGCAGGCCCCUAUGUACUGAAAUAUCCUUCUCAGCAGUGGUUAUGGUACAGAGCAUCAUAUCUUAUGACACAAUAGACAAACAACCAAUUGCUUUGAAGCUAUGGAGUUCCCAUAGUGGCAGGAAACCAUGGCAAUCGCUGUACUCUAAUAAAACUCGAUAGCGAAGCUCAUACAAACAUGGCUUAACAUGUAGGUACGUAGGACGCAUCAGUUAUCAGGCUCACUCCAUUUUCAAACUAUUUAUUCUGCAAUAAUUGACAUUUUAAUUGGGUGAGACUAGAGACUGUUUGAAACUAAACUGUAAAUACUGCAGAUGAAUAUAUACACUGGUUUGGUUUAUAAAUAUUUAUUUUAUGCUGUAUUUUGUUCUUUGCCAUUAAUAAAGCUGAUUUUUCAAAGUCA